AUGUCGAGUCCCGGUGCUGGUCACGAGUUUCCCGCUCAGGCGGUCUCCUGGCUCAAACGCGACGUCUUGCUGUUCGCCAGCAGCAUUGGAAUCACAGCCGAUGAGCUGCAUUUUCUCUUUGAACUUCAUCCCAACUUUGCCGUUUUCCCUACGUACUCCAUUAUCCUGCCCUUCAAACUCACCGAUACUGAGGUCACCGAUUUCUAUACUCGUCAAAAAGCCAAUCCAGUCCCUGGCGUGCCCAAGUUUGACCACCGUCGCGUGGUUGAUGGUCAGCGUAAACUAACCGUCUACAAGCCCCUGCCUCCCACCAGUGCCGGAAAACAGUUCGAGUUGCGCAACAAGGUUAUUGGGGUCUAUGACAAGGGCAAAGCGGGCUCAGUGAUGGAGACCGAGCAGACGAUUGUCGAUAAAGCCAGUGGAGAGGUCUACUCCAGAAUGGUGAGCAGCGGAUUCUUUGUCGGACAGGGCAACUGGGGCGGUCCAAAAGGACCCAGUACCCCGAACUACCCUCCCCCAGAAGGCCGGAAACCCGACGCCACGUAUGAGAUCCAAACAACAACCGAGACUGCUCAACUGUACCGUCUGAACGGUGACUACAAUCCGCUACACGCUACUCCCGAGCCGGGACAGAAGAUGGGCUUUGGCGGAAUUAUCAUUCACGGGCUCUUCAGCUGGAAUACCACUGCCCAUGCCGUGCUCAAUGCCUUCGGGGACAGCAACCCCACCAACUUCCGCGAGUUCCAGGCUCGCUUUGCCUCCCCAGUGAAGCCCGGAGACCGGCUGAUUACCGAGAUGUGGCGCACCGGUGAUGUCACAGACGGGUUUGAAGAGAUUCGCUUUAUGACCAAGAAUGACAAGGGCAAGGUGGUCUUGAGCAACGGCCGCGCUUUGAUCAAGGUCACCAAUACGGGCUCUAAAUUGUGA